CGCAAGGCGGCGGCUGUCUUUGCUUCGCGCUCCAGCGCGGGUCUGAGGUAUAAUUUUCGCCUCUUGGUGUGUCCCUCCUCUGUGCGGUCAAGCAGGAGGGGAAGACACCAAAGAAGAGGCUUGAGGUCAGAGGACGCUGGCCUCGCGCGCUGACUUGGCCGCCCCGGCCUCCGGCCGGCGCUCCCGGGCGGCGGCCCUUCCCCCGAGAGCCCGGGCCCGCUCGGCCAGCCGAGGUCCGGGCGGCAGCUCUGGGAGGAGGCGGGUCGGCCAGGCCUUGUCUCCAUCCGCGAUGCUCCCGAUUUCAAAAGGCUCCAGAGCAACCUUUGGGUUCUUUCUCCACAAGGAAAAGGAAUAGCAUCUCCGUCGUUCUCGUCACGGUGACUCCGGCCCCAAUGGCCCCCUGUUCCCGGGUCCCGGUGAGCACUCGGUGGCUUUGUUCCGGCCGUGGGUGUCGGUUAUUGAAGUUUGGUUGUCUUUCUCAAGACUUUUUCUCUUUUCAUGAGGAGAAGUCAGAAGGGGAAAGGAUUGUGACUGGGUGUCUGACAAAUUAUUUUCAGAUUGGGAGAUUUGUCUUAAUGCCAGAUGGUCAUCACCUCAGUGGAAUAUUUUGGAUGGGAAAAAAUCCAGUGUGGUGGAAAUGGUCUGCAUGCUCCAGGCCAGGAGCCUGACCAGGAGGGAGACACAAGAGGAAGAAUGGCUGCAGGAUCGCUGACAACGUGGUCACAGGACUCAGUGACCUUCGAGGAAGUGGCAGUGGAUUUUUCACAGGAGGAGUGGGCACUGCUGGACCCUGCUCAGAAAAUCCUGUACAGAGACGUGAUGCUGGAGAACUUUAGGAACCUGGCCUCAGUGGGGUAUCAUCUCUGCAAACACAGUCUGAUCACUGAGGUGGAGCAGGAAGAGCUGAGGCCAGAGCAGAGAGGAAUUCUCCAAGGUGCAUAUAGAGACCGGGAUACUCAACUUAAGUCAAAAGACGCAAUUCUUACGCAGAAUGUUCCUGGGGAGAAAACUUCCAGUGGCAUAAAAAUGGUGAGAUUCACUGGAAAUGAUUCCUGCUUUUUUAGAAUGGGAGAACUCUGUGAAUUUCAAGGAAUUAAAACAGCAGCAGCACCCAAACAAGGGGAGACACUUGAGGCAACAACUCACCCUGAUGAGAAACCAAUGGAAUUUAAUCAUUGUGGAAAAUUCUUCAGAAAGAACUGUCACCUUAUUUGUCCAAGAUAUUGCAAGAGAGAGAAAUGCUACAAAUAUAAAGAAUAUGGGCAAGACUUUGGCCAUCCCUCAACUCUUAGGAGUCAUGUGAGUACUCACACUGGAGAGAAAAUUAUUGAAUUUAAUGGUUGUGGAAAAAUUUUCAAUCAAGAGUCAUCCCUUAGGAAACACUUAACUCUCACAGGAGAGAAAUCUUCUGAGUGUAAUCAACAUCUUAUGUCCUUCAACUUACACUCUUCCUUUUCAGUACAUGAACAAAUACCUACUGGAGAGAAACUCUGUGAAUGCAGUGACUAUGGAAAAAGAUCUUCCCUUAGUUUCCACAAAAAAAUGUGUAUUGUGGAGGAAAGCUCAAAAUGUAAUGAACAUGGGAAAGUUUUCACUGGCCCCUUGUCCCUUCAGAUAUGUGUGAGACCUCACACUGGAGAGAAACGUUAUGAAUGUAGCAAUUGUGGGAAAGCCUUUGUUUUUCAGUCUUCCCUUAAGAAACAUGUGAGAUCACACACUGGAGAGAAACCUUACGAGUGUAAUCAUUGCGGAAAAUCCUUCAGCCAGAGCUCUCAUCUUAAUGUGCACAAAAGAACUCACACUGGAGAGAAACCCUACGACUGUAAGGAAUGUGGCAAGGCUUUCACUGUUCCUUCAUCCCUUCAGAAACAUAUGAGAACCCACACUGGAGAGAAACCCUAUGAAUGCAGUGACUGUGGGAAAGCCUUUAUUGAUCAGUCAUCCCUUAAAAAACAUACACGAUCUCACACUGGAGAGAAACCUUAUGAGUGUAAUCAAUGUGGAAAAUCCUUCAGCACAGGCUCUUAUCUUAUUGUGCACAAGAGAACUCACACUGGAGAGAAAACCUAUGAGUGUAAAGAAUGUGGGAAGGCCUUUAGGAAUUCCUCUUGCCUAAGGGUACAUAUGAGAACUCACACAGGAGAGAAGCCCUAUAAAUGUAUUCAGUGUGGAAAAGCAUUCAGCACCAGCACUAACCUUAUAAUGCACAAACGAAUACAUACUGGGCAGAAACUAUAUGAAUGAAAUGACUACAGGCUAGCCUUAAAGGGUCCUUCACAUCUCACUCAUUUUAGAACUCACUCUGGAGAGAAACCCUAUUGUGACCAGUUUAGAAAGCCUUCAGGCACAACUCUUAAGUCAUGUUGUACUGGGACCAACCUUAUAAAUGUUAUGGUUCUGUGAUUGUUUUUAUCAGUGAGUGUUUAAUCUUUAAAGUGUGACAACUCAUUAACUGAUGAGUAUUAAAGAUUAUACAGCACUCUAAAUUCCCCUUGAUCUACAUCACAAAAGUUUUGAUAUAUAAUGUUUUUAUUGUAAUUAAGUACUAAAUAUUGUCCAUUUCUCAUCAAGAUGUCUUGGACCAAACUAUAGGUUAUUUAGAAAUAUAUAUUUUAAUGUGCAGACUCUGUGCAAAUUUUAGUUAUCUUUUAGUUAUAGAUUUCUAAAUUAAUUGCAUUAUGCACAGAAUGCAUGGUCUUCGUGAUACAGAUCCUAUAAGACAUAGAUUCAAACAGAAAAUUAUUAGAGACUUGCUACAUGGCCUAAUGUGUGAGACACAAGAAGUUGCUGUCCCAAUAUCCAUUCCUCCCCUCCUUCUUUCAAGUAACAAAACUACAACUGUGUUCAAAUUAGCAGUGUGGACAGUUCGUAAGGAUUCAUCUCCCAGCUUUCCUUGCAGCUGUGAGUGGCCAUGAGCCCACAGUCCUGGCCAAUGAGAAAGGAGGCAGAGGUCACUGCUUGUGGGUUCUAAAGAAUUCCAUGGAGAUGGGAGCAUCGCAUCUGGCGUUUUCACUUUACCAUUUGCCCUUUGUCUUAUCUCUUCUUUUUUCCUAGAGAAUAGACCAAUAGGAUGACAAUCAUACACUACUGAUUAUAUAAUAAGGACAUAAGAUAUUAUUUAGCUAUGUAUAAGCAACUAUGGGUUGCUUAUUUCUGGACUUCUUGUAACAUGAAAAAAAUAAACUAACUGGU